AUGGCACAUCCCGCCGCUGCUGGCGAGAGGGACGUCCUCGUGAACAUCACCGUCCACUCCCUUCAUCUACCUUCGCACAUGCUCCAAAAACGAUAUUACAAGUUCAAGCCCUGGGACCCGCCAUACAAAGGAAAGCCACCGGCCUGGCCCUCGCAGGAGGACGCAACCUACCCUAUCCCCGAUUUCAACCGCACUUGCGCCACCGACGCUCGCGUGGCUCUCUGGAAAUGGCGCUACCUCUGCGAUCGGGCCAAAGACGAGUCGCUCAAGACGACAAAUCCUCGCACCCGGAUACAAUUCUGCUUCAAUCCCCCUCCCUCGGAGGAACUGUGCUGCGACGCAGACGGCAACGCCAAGUAUGGCCAGACCUGUCUCACGUCGCCGUUGUGGCCUCAAGACGACCAAGAAGCAGCCUGGUGCGGCACUUGCCGGCUGUAUCAGGCCCCUUGCGUUUUUGGGGAAUACCCGGAAAUUAACAACCCGGAGAACGUGUGCAAGUGCCAGUUCGACAAAUGCUACAUCCCCAGUGACUUCAACUGGGAGGGAAUCAAUCCCGAGACCGACCGGAGUGGAUACCCAGGCUUGAAAAAGACAACCUAUGUGCACGACGUAAAGAAAUGGUACUCUUACCUGUCAAUCCCCAAAGAUCAAGUCACCGAGGCCAUGCUAGAAGAAGCCGACUGGUUGUGAUGUAACUUGCUGGGCGAGAGCCAAAACUGGCCCUCAGCAGGGUUGAUCAGCUUUGGGUCGAUAAUAUUGUGGCUAAGUGUCUGUGGAAGCUGAGG